AGAGACGCUUCCUGGAUGGGUGUGUCGUCGGGCCGUCGCCGGAGCACCAGCCAAUCAUCAGCCAUGGUGAAGCUGGCCAACCCGCUCCACACCAACUGGAUCCUGGAGGCCAUCAAGAAGGUGAAGAAGCAGAAGCAGCGGCCCUCCGAGGAGCGCAUCUGCAAUGCCGUGUCCAUGUCCCACGGGCUGGACCGCAAGACCGUGCUGCAGCAGCUGGAGCUCAGCGUCAAGGACGGGUCCAUCCUCAAAGUGUCCAACAAGGGCCUCAACUCCUACAAGGACCCCGAAAACCCCGGCCGCCUGGCCUUCCCCAAGCCCCGCGGCGGGGGCGGGGGUGGAGGCGGGGGCGGGGGAGGAGGAGGGGGUGGAGGCCACCCCGGCAGGAAGCCUGGCCUGGACUGGAACAAGCUGAUCAAACGGGCGCUGGAGGGUCUUCACGAGCCGGGAGGGUCUACCCUGAAGAGCGUGGAGCGCUUUCUUAAGUGCCAGGGCGAUGUUGCGGCCUACCUGUCCGGGAGCAGCUCCAUGGGGCCGGUGGUUUUCCACCAGCAGCUGCGCGUGGCCAUCAAGAGGGCCAUGGCCCAUGGGCGGCUGCUGAAGCAGGGGCCCCUGUACCGGCUUAGUGGCCGGGGGCCCCAGUCCGCGGGGGCCUUCAACAUGCCGCUGGAAUCGCUCCCGCCCGUCCGACUGCUGCCCCACGAGAAGGACAAGCCGGUAGCAGAGCCCAUCCCCAUCUGUAGUUUCUGUUUGGGGACGAAGGAGCAGAAUCGGGAUAAGAAGGCAGAGGAGCUCAUCUCCUGCGCCGACUGUGGGAACAGCGGUCACCCGUCCUGUCUGAAGUUCUCUCCGGAGCUCACGCUCCGGGUGAAGGCCCUGUGGUGGCAGUGCAUCGAGUGCAAGACCUGCAGCUCCUGCCAGGACCAAGGCAAAAACGCGGAAAACAUGUUGUUCUGUGACUCAUGUGACCGGGGCUUCCACAUGGAGUGCUGUGACCCCCCACUGAUGAGGAUGCCAAAAGGUAUGUGGAUCUGUCAGAUCUGCCGGCCGAGAAAAAAGGGAAGAAAGCUCUUACACGAAAAAGCAGCACAAAUCAAACGGCGCUACAACACUCCGCUGGGACGUCCCAAAAACAGGUCAAAGAGGCCGUUCAAGAAGUUCCGGGGCCCGGGCGGGCGCGGCCGGAGGCGGCGGGUGGGCGGGGGCGACCGGCGGUCCCAGGGCUCGUCCUCGCCGCCCUCGUCGUCCAGCUCCUCCUCCUGCGAGGGUUACCCCGGCGACGACCGCCUCCUGUUCUCCCUGCGGGAGGAGGACUCGGCCGGCGGCGGGCUCCGCUUCAACAAGAAGACCAAGGGCCUGAUCGACGCGCUCACCAAGUUCUUCACGCCGUCGCCCGACGGCCGCAAGGCCCGCGCCGAGGUGGUGGACUACUCGCAGCAGUACCGCAUCCGCAAGAAGAACAGCCGCAAGGGCGAGCUGGACGACCGGCCGGGGGACAAUCAGGAGUGUGGGGACGAGUGGCGGGAUGAGGAGGACCGGGUCCCGGGGCAGGAGAACCUGACGGAGAAGGACGUGGAGCUGUUCCGUCACAUCCAGGAGCUGGCGCUACAGAAGGUCGGGGUGACCGGACCCCCGGACCCCCAGAUGCGCUGUCCGUCCGUCAUCGAGUUCGGGAAGUACGAGAUCCAGACGUGGUACUCCUCGCCCUACCCCCAGGAGUACAGCAGACUCCCGAAGCUGUAUCUGUGUGAGUUCUGUCUGCGGUACAUGAAGAGUCGCAGUAUCCUGUUCCAGCACAUGCGCAAGUGCGGCUGGUUCCACCCGCCAGCCAAUGAGAUCUACAGGAAGGACAGCGUGUCUGUGUUUGAGGUGGACGGGAACGUCAGUACGAUCUACUGCCAGAACCUGUGUCUGCUGGCCAAGCUCUUCCUGGACCAUAAGACCCUGUACUACGACGUGGAGCCCUUCCUCUUCUACGUGCUGACGCACAACGACAGCAAGGGCUGCCAUCUGGUGGGCUACUUCUCCAAGGAAAAACACUGUCAGCAGAAGUACAAUGUGUCCUGCAUCAUGAUUCUUCCGCAGUACCAGCGCAAGGGCUUUGGGCGCUUCCUCAUCGACUUCAGUUACCUGCUCUCCAAGCGGGAGGGGCAGCCGGGCUCCCCGGAGAAGCCUCUCUCGGACCUGGGCCGCCUGUCCUACAUGGCGUACUGGAAGAGCGUGGUGCUGGAGUGUCUGGACCAGGUGCGAGAUCGCCAGCUCACCAUCCGCCGCCUCAGCAAGAUCACCGGCAUCUGCCCCCAGGACAUCACCGCCACCCUGCACCACCUGGGCAUGGUGGAGCAGAGAGGAGACAGGCUGGUCCUGGUGCGCAGGGAGAAGCUGGUCUCCAGUCACAUGGUGCGGUUGAGGGCCCGUCCCCGGCAGCUGGAGGUGGAGCCUGACUGCCUGCGAUGGACCCCUGUCAUCGUCACCAACACCGUGGUGUCAGAGGGCGAGGGAGAGGAGGAGGAAGAGGAGGAUGAUGAAGAUGAGGAGGGACAGGCCUGCAAGGAGAGUAAGCCCAUCCGGACUUCUUCUCCGCUGUCCUGGCACAUCCGGCCUGAGAGGGAGGAAGAGGAGGAGAGGAAGUGCUUCCCGGCGUUCCCGAACAGCCAGAGUUCUCCGGCGCGUUCUCCGGCUCGGGGCGCCCUGCCCAGCCCGAACAGGCCCCCCCUCCCGUCCAACGGGGAGCGCAGGGGCCGCGGUCGGCCCCCGAAAAGCUGGCUGUGGGGCCGGCCCAAAGACGUGCCCCGGGGCCGACCCAGGAAACCAAGACCGCACGAGGAAGAGGAGGAGGAAGAAGAGGAUGACGGAGUCGAUUCCUCGGAGCCCCCGGCCCUCUCGCUCUCCCCAGCGGCCCUCCUCCUGGCUUCGGAGAAGGAGGUGGGGGAUUCGGGCGCCGGGCGGCCGAAAGAUGUGCCCCGCCACCCCGCAGUUCCGGCUCCUCGCAGCAGGGGGCGCCCUCCGCGCAAGAAGAGGGGCCCCAAGCGGCGGCUGAGCGAGGGCCCCGGGGAGGCCACCCUGCCCACACUGCCCCCGGCUCCACCCCGGCUGAGCGAGCCCCUGCCCCCGCCCGUACGCCGGGGCUGCUUCAGCGAGAGCAGCGAGGAUGAGGAGGACGAUGACGAAGAGCUGCGGCCUCGCUCCCCGCCCGUCCUGACCAAACCCACGCUCGGGCUCAAGUGCAAGAAGCCCCUGCGGAAGCGGCGCAUGCGGCAGCGCAGCCACCCGCACAGCAGCGUCGUCACGGAGACCAUCUCGGAGACGACCGAGGUUCUGGACGAGCCCUUCGUGGACUCGGACACCGAGAGGCCCAUGCCCCGCCUGGAGGAGGAGUCUCCUCUGGGCUGCCCCCUCCGCCGGUACCCCCCAGCCCGCUCGACCCUCAGACCCUCCGCCCCCGCGCCCAAGAGGGGCCGACCGGCCAACCUCACAGAGUCCGACGACGAGGACUCCACGCCGGCGCUGAAGCCCGCGACGACGCUCCGGGAGCCAGAGCCGGCCGGCGAGUCUCCAAGCGAGGCCCCGCCCCCGGCCGCGCCCGUCAAGAAGAAGAAGGGCUGGCCGAAGGGGAAGAGCCGCAAGCCGGUACACUGGACCAAGCGCCCGGGCCGCAAGCCCGGGAGCGGGGCCUCGGAGCCGGGCGGCCAGGGGACCGGCCCGUCCUCCUGCACGGACACGCCGCCCCCCGCCAAGAUCCGGAUGAAGCCCGGCAGGAAGCCGCGGAGCUACUACCUGCAGCUGGCGCAGGAGGAGGAGGCGCGGCGGCAGCUGGAGCGGAAGCAGCUCCUGCAGCAGCAGCAGCAGCAGCUGGAGGACCGAGCCGCCAAGAGGACGUCCCGGACCGGCGAGCGCAAGCCCGACAAGCGCAAGGACUCGGAGGAGGAGGAGGAGGAGGAGGACGAAGAGGAGGAGUACCUGAAGAAACGGCGGGAGGAGAAGCCCAAGCGGAGAGGGAGGCCGCCCAAGAACGCGUCCCUACCCCCGCCGCCCCCUCCCCCCGUCAGCAAGCCUCCGCCGCCACCCCCCGCCUCCGAGCCCGAGGAGGAGGACGACGAGGAUGAGGAGGAAGAGGAGGAGACGUGGGCCGAGAAGAGGAGCCGGCUGCCCCCCUCGGCCGGACCCCCCCGGGCCCCCCAGCCGCGGGUGGAGCUGGACGGGGCCGAGUCGGGAGAGAGGGAGGAGCAGGAGUGCCCGGCAAGCAAGCGGGUGAAUUCUGGGCCGGCUGGUCGCCGUGGCGACGACCACGACGCCGACGACGAGGGGGACGGGCGUCCCGAGGGCAAGGCCGAGAGCGGCGGGAACGGCGGCAAGAAGCGGAAGAGCCAGGACUCCGAGGAAGACGAGGAUGAAGAGGACGAUGACGAGGAGGACGAGGAAGAGCCGGCCUCGCCUGCCCGCUCCCCGCCCGUCAAGGAGGAGCCUCAGGGGGGCGAAGGUUUUUUAGACACGGAGGAGGGUGGCGCCACACGGGACUACGUCAGCAAGCAGGAGCAGGAGGAGGAAGAAGAGGAGGACGAGGAGGAGGAGGAGGAAGAGGCAGAGGAGGCGGUGGUGGAGGAGGCCAAGACGCGGGCGGACGCGCAGGAUGAGCAGCGCCGACGGCGGGAGCAGGAGGAGUCGGCCGCCGCCGCCGCUGCCGUGGAAACCGUAACCACGGCGAUCUCCACAGUCGCCGCCCCCGAGACCCUGGACCUGCAGCCGCUGCACGGGGAGGGCAAGGCGGGGGUCCUCCUGAUGGAGCCCCACCCUCACCCCCACCACCACCCUCACUCGCACCCCGAAUUCAAGGAGGAGCUGAGUCACCACCCGCACCACCCCCAUCCCCACCCCCACCACUCCAGCGAGCUGGACCUGGAGACGGUGCAGGCCGUCCAGUCGCUGACGCAAGGCGAGGCCCAGGACGAGGAGGCCGAGCCGCCCCACGGGGCCUACCAGGACUGCGAGGAGACGCUGGCCGCCUGCCGCACCCUGCAGAGCUACAGCCAGCACGCCGAGGGCGAGGACGAGGCCCUGGCCCUGGUGGAGGACUGCGGCGGGACUUCCCAGCACAGCAGCCCCCUCCCGGGCGGCAGCGGGGGCUCUUCCGGCCCCCAAAUCCCCGCCCUGCCUGGCCAGUCGGCACGUUCGGUCAACAGUCCCGCCGGGAUGCCGCUCGAGUCCUCGGGACAGGCAGGAGGCCCAGCGACGGGUCCCGGGACGGGAGGAGGUUCCAACGGGAACGGGGGGUACACCCAGAUCACGCCAGAACACCCGGGGUCGCUGUCGGCACCCUCGCUGCAGAACAUGGAGACGUCGCCCAUGAUGGACGUCCCGUCCGUGUCGGACCACUCGCAGCAGGUGGUGGACAGUGGCUUCAGCGACCUGGGGAGCAUCGAGAGCACCACCGAAAACUACGACAACCCCAGCAGCUACGACUCCACCAUGGGAGGAGGCGGGAACGGGGGAGGAGGAGGGAGCGGAGGAGGAGGGGGAGGUGGAAACAACAUGUCCGCUGCAGCUGUGGCUGUAGCAGCCGCCAACGCAGCGGCAAACGCUGCAUCCUCUUCCUCAUCCUCCUCUUCCUCUUCCUCGUCUUCGUCCGGCGCCUCUUCGGCGUCUGGCUCGUCUACCGCAGCACCACCCUCCUCUUCCUCCAACAGCUGCUCCUUCGUCUCAGCCCCAGGGCUGACGUCUUCCGGAGGGUCCGUGGGGCCCCAGCUCGGGGGCCUGGGAAGCUGCAGCCUGAUCCAGCAGGCGGGGCCCGGGGCCAGCUCUACAGGCGGGACAUCCAGCAGUGGAGGUGGGGUCCCUCAGCCUCCACCUCCACCCCCUCCCCCGACCUCCAACACCCCCGGCUGCGGCAUCAAGUCUCCGCAGAGCUGUGUGAUCGAGAGGCCCCCUAGCGCCUCCCAAAAGAAGGUCCCGCCACCCCCUCAGCAACAACAACAAGCCCCCAACCCCCAACCCCAACCCUCGGCCCCCCCUCCCCCACCACAGCAACAGCAGCAACAGGCGCUGUCCCAGUGCAGCAUGGGUAACGGCUUUGCCUCCACGCCCAUGAUCAUGGAGAUCCCCGAGUCGGCGAGUGGAGGGGCCGUGGGCGUGGCAGGUGGGGGUGGGCGGAGCCUGUACGAGCGAAUGGGACAGGACUUCGGGGCGGGCGCCUACCCACCCCAACCCUCGGCGACCUUCAGCCUCGCCAAGCUCCAGCAGCUCACCAACACCAUCAUGGACCCCCACGCCAUGCCCUACUCGCACUCGGCCUCCGUCACCUCCUACGCCACCAGUGUCUCGCUCUCCAACCCCACCCUCGCCCAGCUCGCCCCCUCCCCGCACCCCCCUCUCCCCCCACAGGCGCAGCCCACCAUGACCCCCCCGCCCAACCUCGGCUCCUCGUCCGUCAACCUCCUCCAGUGUAACAUGCCGCCAGGGGCCAACAUCGGCCUGGCCCCCCCGCCCCACACCCAGCGACUCCAGGGCCAAAUGGCCGUCAAGGGCCACAUCGCCAUCCGAUCCAAGGCCACCCAGCUCCCGGCCGGAUCCCCGCACCAGCAGCAGCUGUACGGCCGGAGUUCAGUGGCGGCCGCCAUGCAGGGGUCCCCUCGGACCCUGACGGUGCAGCGGGGCAUGAUGACCAACCUCAUGCCCACUCCGACCUACAACUCCAUGAACAUGAACUCGCUCCAGGCCAUGCCCCCCGGAUACCGGAUGCCGCAGCCCAUGAUGAACAGUGGCUACCACGGCAACCCCCCGUACAUGAACCAGCCGGCCCAGUACCCCACCAUGCAGAUGCAGAUGGGCAUGAUGGGAGGCCAGGCCUACCCCCAGCAGCCUAUGCAGCCCAAUCACCACGGCAACAUGAUGUACACGGGCCCCUCCCACCACAGCUACAUGAACGCCGGCGUCCCCAAGCAAUCGCCUUACAUGAGCAGAUGAGUGUGCAGGACGAGAGAGAGGGAACGAGAGAGAGAGGGAGGGAGGGAGGGAGAGAGAGAGGGAGAGGGAGAGAGAUGGGCAAGGAGGGGUCGGUUCAUCUCUUGUCUUUCCUAAAGGACUCCGGGUUCCUUUCACUGUAUUAAAAGUGUUAUCCCCCCUCUCUCUCUCCAGAGACAGAGAGAGGGAAAGAGAGAGAACGUGAAGAGGGGGAAGGGACUUUGGUUUCCUCUUCUUGGUUUUUUUUGUUUGUAUGUACAUUUGUCCGUUUCGAUCCGCGUUCCCUCAGUCUGGCCACGUCAGAGUGUGAGUUGGCAGGAUGGUGGAAUUCGGGGGGGCAGGGUGGGUGAGGGGGUAUAUGGACCUCUUGUUCAGAAGGCAGCUCACAGCAACCCCAAAAUCCUUCUACCCCCCUGCCCACCCCCACCUCCUCUCUCUCUCUGUCCCAAACCAGGUGGGGGACUGGGUGUCGAGCAGGAGGGGGGGGGGGGGCCUGACCAGUUUAAACUGAGAAAGUCAAAAUGUGGUUAACAAAAAAAUAAACAAACAAAAUAUAUAUUCAACCAUGCACACAAUCUUUUAAUUGACAUAGGAAGCCUUACCUAAAAAAAAAAAAAAAACAGACAAAAAAAUUGUAGAUGGACUUUCUUGCUUUUUUACAUUUUUAAUUGGUUUUUGUUUGUUUUUUUUUUGACUGUUGAAAUGCUUGUGUGCAGUCCCAAACGACCUGUUUUUAUUCGUUAGAUUUUUUUUUAUGUGCGUUUUACUGGAAAGGCGUUUUCUUUCAGGCCUCUCUCUCCAACACAAACUUACACACACACACGCAGAAAAAAAUGUACACACACAGACACAUAUCUCUAUAGCCACUUAAGUCAGUGUGGAGGCACUUCAGUGUUUGGUGUGGGUGGAGGUUUCGGCAGAUGGGCGGUGCAAAGUGGAUCCCUGUGUCUGGGAUCUGCAUUCCACAGCGCAGUCACACAAGAUGCACGCCAUUUUCGAGCAGAACUAUGACCUGGGUCAUUGCCUCUCUCUCAGAGAGAACGGGCACUCUCAAUAUGACCGUACGGGUUUUUCAGAAUAUAGUUACUUUUAUUAAUUUUAUUUUUUACUUUUUUUUUUUUUUUUUUACUUAAAAAAAAAAAAAAAAAUCUUUGACAUUCUGGUCGAAGUCUCCCCAUGGACACAAGCACAGGAAUUGAUGCCCACGGUCGACUUUUCGCCUUUGAUUCUGGGGAGAGAAUUCCUAGUGUAACAAGAGCAGCACUGGUGAGAGAAAGACAGGGAUGGAGGGAGAGGGAAUGGAUGGAUGGAUGGAGAGGAGAGGCAGGAACAACACUAAAGGAAAUGGGGGCAUCUGGGAGAUAAAGAAGUUCAGCACUUCUUAGCCCCCCCCCCCCCCCCUCACUUUGAGUGCAGUCACCUGUCUCAACUUCGACAACACUGCACAGGAGGUCUUCCAUUCAGCCAGAGAACUGGCUUUUUAAAAACUAAACCCAGAGGUGAAGGGAUCCGUCUAGCACCUAGGGCCGCUCGGUGAGGAGGGUUUUAACAGGACACACACACACACACACAAACACACACACACACAAAGAUGUAGAUGUGAGAUUAUUCGCUGUCCAGAACUGUGUUGGUAUGAGGGGUGUAGACAUUGUUCCAGUAUUCAAAAUCUGUUGAGGCUACCUUUCUUACAGACCUGACGUUUGAUAUUAUUUGUGUUUUUUGUUUUUGUUUUAUAGUUUUUUUUUUCUCCUCUGAAUUUUCUCAGACCGGGCAGCUUUCUUUUAUGACACAAGCUGACUCUUUUUGACUUUAGAAACUUAUUGUAGAGAAAAUGUUUUUUCUAUAAUAUAAAAAAGAAAAAUUCUGACAUUGAUAUUGGUACUGUCAUUUUUUUCACUUCUGUUUCAGGAAAAAAAAAAAAAGGUAUUUUUUAGCUCGACUCUUGGGUAAUAUUAAUAAGAAAUUCAAAACUAAAAAAAAUUAAAACUCACUUUUAGUGAAUUUAAGAUGCCUUUAAUCUUUCCAUUCCAUCUCAUCUCUAGAGUUUUCUAUCUUUGUGUAGUAUAUUAACGCUAUUUUAAAACGAAAGGAAAAAAAAAAAACAAAUAUCUAAAGGUCACUUAGCGUUUUUGAUUUUUUUGUGUGUGUAUAGGACGAACUCCUUGCGUCUGAGAGGCAUGUAAAAUGAGCUCAUAUCUGUCUGUUUAUAUCGCUUCCUCUUUUGUACCCUUUGUAAUUGUACAUGGUGAGUCGUACGCUAAGAGAGAGCGAGAGACAGAGAGAGAGGAGUGAACCCACCGGGGCCCGCUCCCCCCUCUCUCUGGCUUUGUCCCUGUAUGUAUUUCCACGUAAUCGUUUUUUCUUUCUUAGCAAGUACUUUCAAAAGAACUCUGUACAUUUUAACAUAAAACGAAAAUAAAUUAUGUUGAGCCAU